ACAGUAUAAAGAUAUUCACAUUCAAAAUUUUGAGAGUUUAAAAGAAAAAGUUCGAUCCGUUUGCAUGUGAAAAUCUUGAAGAAUACACAAAGGGAAGCGACUGUCUAGUUGCUGUUAAUCAAACAAAUGCAUUGAUUUUAAGCUCACACAUAUCAUUGCAAUAAGACGAAGAGACGAUCUAAAUCUAGCAACAAGAUUAGCUAGUUCUAAUGGCGGGCACCUCCAUUCUGGCUACGAUCUGUGCGGAGCGCCUGACCAAGUUCCUAACGCGUUACUCUAAGGCGCAGACGGGCAACUUGCGCAGCAGCAUUCCAGUGGCAUCGAUUAAGCCAAAUGUUGCACCACCCACCGUACGAGUAGUUCCCGUCGAGCGCAAGUAUUCGCUGUGCCAGUCGGUAGAAAAUCAAUUUCAAAUGCCGCUCCUGGAAAGGCCCAAGCCUUUAGACAACCUCUACGGUUUUAUAAAGGGGCAGGGCAAGUCUCAACAAAGAGACGCCAAUUCGGACGCGAGACCCAGAGUCAGCGGCCUGCAAAGAUCGCAGCUGUUGGCCGACUUUCAUGGAUUUGACGCAUCAGAAAUGCUCUGCAAUGGACGCCCUGUUUUUUGCGGUCUAGGUCAGCAAUUUUUCGAUCAGACCUUGACCAAAACGAAGGCUCGCUAUCAGGUCCUGGCCAAGUAUGCCAAUGUUCUACUUAAUUCCAAGCCGCAAAUACGCCCAAUCUUUUAAUUAUCCCUCCACCGUGCCAUUGGGUCCAAAGUACUUCUUUGUAUUUCGUCUUUAAUCUGUAGUAUGCAGCAACGUGAUCCUUCUUCCUCUUUCGGCUGUAGUCCCAUUGCUUUCACAAUAUUUUAUUGUGAAUAAACAACAGUCGACUGUGGCAGAAGGACCCCGCUGCUUUAUAUCCCAACAAAUAAACAACUAUUCUCGUUAA